AUGAUUUGGGAAGGCUCAAAGAGGAAUCAACUGAUUCUUGGAACCCCAUUCCUUGCUACAGCUGGAGCGGUCCUAAACUACUUUGGGAAUCAUCUAUCUUUUGGCCACAUCCGGCAAGAUAUCUUUUUCCCAAGUGUAAAUUUCAGGUCAGUGCCAAGUGCGACCAAGCUACCACCAGAAGAAGCCACUCUCAUUACCAAGAAAGAAGCUAUGCUGCAUGGAGAAAGAAGAGAGAAUAUCAACUCCAUCUUACUUCCAACCUUUGAUGAAUAUGGAGCUGAAGAGGAGACUAAUGGUGCACCUAAUCUCUUUCACAAGAUAAGAAUCUUUACACCAAAAGAUUCGGAGCUUAAAGGUGACCAAUCCAUUGAAGAGAAGCUUGAGAGAACUAUGAAGCUUUUCCCCAAGGCAUUGGUUUUCAAAGAUGAUGUGAGAGAUGACUAUGGCGCGACAACACCACCACAAGAAGCCACUGAACCGGAGAAUGGAGAAGCUAAAGGGAUCCUUUGCCCUUCAGCCACUCUUCACCACGAUUGA